AUGCCUUCCGCGACAGCUACCGAGCGGCAUCUGCCCGCCAAGCACAAUCCUUUGAUGCUCGAGAAUGUGCCGCAAUACGACGACCUCGUCUCGCGCCGCCGUCUCGGCCAGACCCAGCUGACUGCCAAGAUGGUGAACCUUGCCGACGGCGAAGGUGCAGCCCUUGGCGUCUUCGACUACGCGCACCUCCGCGCGCCGCUGCCCAAGGGAAUUGUCUCGGGCAUCUUCAAGUCCAGCCCCAACAGCUACUUCCUCAUGCGCCGAAGCCACGACGGCUUCGUGUCCGCCACCGGCAUGUUCAAGGCCACCUUCCCCUACGCCGAGGCCUCCGAAGAAGAGGCCGAGCGCAAGUACAUCAAGUCGCUUGCUACCACCAGCCCCGAGGAGACGGCCGGCAAUGUCUGGAUCCCUCCCGAACACGCCCUGACCCUUGCCGAGGAGUACGGCAUCGCGCCGUGGAUCCGCGCCCUGCUGGAUCCCGCCAACAUCGCCGUCUCCAACACCCCCGACAGCCCCCCCAAGAAGAUUACCGCCCCUCCGAAAUUCGAGCUGUUCAAGGCUCACCCUCAACUCGCACCUCCCACGCCGACCUCGCUGCCCCGCAGCACCCGAUCCCGCCGUUCCGCCAGCCCGGCCAAGACAGUUAUUCCCAGGCCCGUCAGGUCCCCUAGGAAGCGCAAGGCCAAGGCCGACUCGGUCGAGCCCCGGGAGUCCACGCCCACCCUCACUACCGCGACCAAGCUCGAGGUGAACGGCGUCAUUGACGAGGACAAGGACGCCGAGGCGGCAGUGGAGACCGCCAUCAAGACCAUUGAGACGGAGCCCGCGGUCGUCCUGGAGCCCAGGGAGGAGGAGCCCAAGGCCAAGGUUAUUGUCGACCAGGACGUCAAGACGGACGAGGGCGGAAACGAGACGAAGCGCACUGCCGUGUCACUAGAGCUCCCUCUGCUGAGCUCGGCGCCACCGACGGCCGAAGAGACUGCGCGCAUGAUUGCCGAGGCCAAGCAGAUGGUCGAGGCUGCCAGGGUCAAGCCAGAGGAGGGAGUAGACAGCCCCAAAGUCAAGAAGGGCAAGCGCGGGGCCGAGGAGAUCUCCAAGGGAGACGACGAAGACGAGAAGAAGGACGCCGAAGCAGAUGCCGCGGAGGAGCCGCGCUCGAAGAAGGCCAAGACCGCCGAGGUGCAGGUCAAGAAGCUGCGCGUACGGAAUCGGGCCCUGUUCGGCCUGAGUGCCGUGUCGCUCGCCGUUGGCGCGUUUUCGUACUUUGUUGGAGCCCUAUAA